CGCCAUGGCCCGCGCUCCAGAAAGUAUGAGCUUGUGGCCAUCCACCAGAUCGAUGGACGCGAAAGGGCAAACAGGCAAAGGAUGGGCCGAAGGACAGGGGUGUAACCUGGUGUAACCUGACGAAGAUGUGGGAAGAAAAGGGGCCUGGCUGGCCGGGGGGCCAAGUUAGGGCGGCGGCCUCUGGCGCCAAGCAUGUCGCUGGGCAUCGGUGGCGCUGGUGGUCAAUCGAUGCCGAUAUCCGAGUCUCCAACGGGAGGAAUGCAGGCGCAGAUGGCGAUAUAGGUAACGCUAAUGAAAGGGAGCUGCUGCCUUCGGCAGCGCUUCACAGCACAGCAUCGGGCUCGGGGCCUGUUGUCGCGGCAGAUGGCGCGGGCCUUCUCGCAGUUUUUGACCAGCUGCCCGUCCCUGUGACGCUCAUCCGUUAUCGGGAUAACAAGAUCUUACUCCAGAACGAACCCAGCCGGGCUUUCUGGGGCGCAUGCACGGAGCGCGUGGGCCCUCCGGGGGAGCGGGAGCCGCUGCUCGAGCUCCUCUUCCGUCUGUCCGAGGACGUGUGCGUGGAUGACGUGUUGGUGGUGCUGCAGCAGGAAGGGACGUGGAAAGGACUCAUGCUCGUGCCGGCGCCGCCGUUCGCGGGGGCUGCUGACCACAGCGACGACGACGAUGACGACCACACGCUGUUGCCGCCCUACCACCGCCACCACCACCAGCAACAACCGCACGACCAGCACCAGCAGCACCAGCAGCAGCCGCACGACCAGCACCACCACCACCACCACGACCAGCAGCACAAGCACCAGCAGCUGCUACUGCCGCCGCCGCCGCACGCCGCAGCCACCAUCAACAUAUCACAGGGAAGCGGUGCUGCCACAGCCGCCGGCGGCAACCAACAUGCUGCGGGCGCACAGCCGGCUGCAGCUCCCCAACACCAACUGGUGUCCAGCAGCGCCGACCCACAUCACCCCGACUCCGUGAACAGCGGCCGCGGUGGCGCGCUGGCCUUGGCGCUGCUCCAGACAACCGGGGCCUCGUCCCUCGGCGCCAGCGACCACUAUAGCCACGGCAACAAUGACAACCAGCAGCAGCAGCAGCAGCAGCAGCAGCAGGGCGUGGCUGGCGCCGUUGCCACCGGUGUGUCGCUGAUGGGGCCCGGCGGCGUGCCGGACGAUGGCGAUAGGGGCUCUGGCGCCCCAAACAUCGUCUCCGGCGGCGGCUCCUCUGGAGUCGGAAGCCGGCUGCUGCUGAGCGACGGGCACGGGGGAUUGGAGGCGUAUGGGGCCUCUGGGGCGUGCGCUGGAAACAGCGGUGGCGGCAGCGGCCGGCCGGCGGACAGCCGCGUCGGCCUGCAGGGCCGCAGCCGCCUUUUCCGGGACUCCUCCUACCGCAACAAUACCACCGCCUCGCAGCAGCAGCAGCAGCAGCAGCAGCACCAGCAGCAGCAGUCCCACUUGCAGCACCCGCAGAUGCCCCUGCACCGCGCCUCCGCCGCCACCAUCGACGACGUCGGCGGCAUCGGCAUCGGCAGUGGCGGCACACAGCAGCUCUCCGCCGCCCGGCUGCUGGCGCCGCCGCCACCCAUGCUCGCAAGCGCGCGCGCGCGCCGCGCCUCCACUACAGUGCUGAUGGGCGGCAGCGGCGGUGGCAGCGGUGGCGGCGUUUUUGGGUCCACAUUCUAUGGAACAGCCUCAGAUGCCAUCCCAGGGCGCGGCAACUGGGGAAGCCCGGCGGAGGAGGGCCUCGGCGCUCUUUCUCCUGUCGCCGCCGCCUCAGGCGCCGACAGUGCUGGUCGUGGUGCGCUGCAGGGCACUGUGGUCGGCUUCCGAGGCUCCAGUUCGGUGGCUGCAUUCGUUGCCGGUACCGGCCUGCCCGGCAACGCGAACGGCGCUGGCCUCAGCUCCGUCGCAAGCGCCGCCGCCGCCGUCGGCGUUGGCGCCGCCGGCGCCGGCGUCCCCAGCGGCUCCGCCUUAAGCUCGGCAGCCCUGCCCGUGCCAUCCACCGCCUCCAUCUCCGCUGCUCACCUGUCCCACGCGCAGUCGCAACAGCCGUCGCAGCAGCAGCAGCUGACGGCGUCUCCGUCCUCGCCGCGCCCCGCCAACGGCGGUGGCCGCCGCCUGCCCAAGCGCUCCAUGAGCUUCAUCGUCGGCGUCGCCGCCAGGACUGCCGUCGCCGUCGCGCCGCUGCCUAGCAGCGGCGCCGCCAGCGGCACCGGCGGAACCACGCCAAACAGCAUCAACCUCCUCAGCAGUGGGCUGCCUGUCGGUGCCGCCGCCGCGCAGCAGCCAUCUGUAGCAUGGCGCGAGCCGGAAGAGGCCGGCGUGGCGGCUGUGGCUCCGACCGCGGCGUCCUUCACCGGCGGUGUUGGGUUUGGCAUCGCUUAUGGCAGCGGCGGCCGUAGCCAUGCGGGCAGCGCGGGCCCGCAGGGGCAGGGGCUGGGCAGCCAGCAGGGGCAGGGGCUGGGUAGCCAGCGGGACCGGGCGCAGCGAGACCUACUCGCUGCGCUGCAGACAUCGGCGUGGGGGACCAUGAUGAUGGGCGGCUCGAGCCGCAGUCCUGCCGCGGGAGGAGGGAUGCCGGCGCGCUCGCCGCCACCGCAUGCCGGAGUGGCACAGCGCCGGCCGCCGCGCCGCGCGCGCAGCGUUGAGAUGCUGCUUCCCGCGGUCGCCGAAGCGGAUAGGCCGUCGGCUGCGGCUGCGGCCGCGGCUGCCUACGGCACGUUUGCGCGCGCGCAGCACGGCUUACUCGCUGCGCCCAUGAGCAGUGUGGAGGUGUCGUCGCCUUCUGCUGCCAGCCUGAUGCUGGCGGUGCAGCCCUCCUUCGCCAGCUGCGCCGCCAUGCAGCGCCCGAGCGCGCUGCUGCUGCAGCAGCAGUUGCUGGUGCAGCAGCAGCAGCUGCAGCAGCCGGGCCUGCAGCAGUCGCCCUUGCAGCAGUCGCCUCGGGAGCAGCAGCAGCAGCAGCAGCAGCAGCAGACGUCGACAUCGGUGGGGGUGGGGCCGGCGCCGCGUCAGCUCAACCGCUGGCUGUCGGUGCCCGCGCAUGCGACGGCACAAGCCCCGACGGCGACAACAGCUGCGGCGCAGCAGGCGGCGUGCAUGGCCGGCGGCUCUCGGUCUGCCAGUGCCACCUCUGUGGCCGCGGCUGCGUUGGCGGCUCCGGCGCUGCCGCUGCCUGUCGGUCACCGCACCGCCUCCGGCAUAGGCAUGGCGGCCGCGCCGGGCGUGAUCGACGCCGCCGUUGUAGCGCCGCCGCGCAUCCUCUUCACAGCCGCCUCGACCGACUUCCUGGACAUCGGCGGCGCCGGCUGCGUGGUGCCAGGGUCCGCCGGGCAGACCAGCACCGGCGGGGCCAGGGGCGGCGGCGCUGCCUCCGCCACCUCACUGCAUCGGACUGUUGAUGUAACGAGCCCCAGCGCAAGCGCCGCCGCCAUCGCCGCCGCGGUUAGUGUCGGCGGCGGAAACGGCACCACCUCUGGCGGCUCCGCCGCCGCCGCGUCUGCGGGCGGCUGGGGCGCGGCGACGCGGUGCACGGACUCAACAGGUCAGGCGUCCGAACUGACCUCAGGGCAGCUGCUGCCGCUGCCGACGGAGUCAGCCGCAGGCUCCGCCGCCGCCAGCGCCAGCCUGCCUCAGUCCCAGUUCGCCAACUCUGCUGGUUCCGCUGCGGCCGCUGCCGCCGUCGCGGCGGCGGCGCACACGGGCGCGAGUGCCCUUACCGCGGGCGGCAGCCGGCUCGGUGGCUCCGACGUCACAGCGGGCGGCGGCGGCGCGCGUAUGAACCUCCGCAGCGGCGGCGGCAGCCACCCCCUCAGCGGCGCAAUGCACCGCAUUGUCAACAUGGCCCUCGUGUCCAUGUCGCCUGCGGGCAGCCUCGGCGGCGGCAGCGGCGACCGGACCAUGAAUGGCGGCGGCGGCGGCGGCGUCACCAGCGGCGUCACUAGCGGCAGCCUCGGCGGCGGCAGCGGCAGCAUCGCUCGCAGCAGCGCCCGGCGGCGUGCCUCGUGCAUUCUGCCCUGCAGCUCCAACGUUGCGGACCUGAACACAGCCAUGGACCGCCUGGACUUGUGUGUGGCCGUGGAUGCAGGCGCCGUCGCCGGCUGCGGCGGCGGCGGCGGCGGCGGCGCCAGCAGCCGCCUCGGCGCCGGCAGCCGCACGGGCACGGCUAGCGGCAGCGGUACGGUACCGUUUGCCCAGGCCACGACACAGCAGCAGCUGGGCGACAUGAUGAUGGACGCAGCCCUGCCCAACCAGCCCAUCUGCGCCACCGCCGUAGGCAGCAGCUCCACAAGCAGCCUCUCCCGACUGCGCUCGGCGGGCGGGCGGGCGGCAGCGGCCGGGCCGGACGCGCCCUCCCAAAGCGCGACAGGCGCGCGACACCCGCUGUCGCCGCUUUCCACGACCGCCCUUCCCUCGUCACCGUUGGUGUGCGAUGCCAUGGCGGUGGCGAUUACCUCGCCGACAGCCAGCCGACGACCUCUGUCGCCCACAGCUCUGCUGCCGCACCUGCCGACGCCGCAGCCGCUGGCGCCGGCGGCUUUCAAGCGCUGGUCUGUCACCGCCAUCCUCGAAGACCCGCCCUCGGCCGCAUAUGGCGGCAGCAGCGGCGGCGGUGCCGCGGCCGCCGGCAGCUCUGACGUGGUCGGUGGCGGCGGCGGCGGCGGCGGCAAACAGCGGCUCGCUGACAGUGCCGCCCGGGCCCUGAUGACCUGCACAAGCAUUGGCACCUCGGGGCAGGUCACCGCCAGCGCCACAGCCGAAGGAGUCAAUGGUGGCGGUGGCGGCCGCGCCGGCGGCGGCGGCGGCGGCGGCGGUGAUGCACAGGACGGCGAAGGAGUGGAGUACUCCGCCUUUGGGCUUGUGACGACGACCGACGUGGGCGGCAGCGAAGCGAGGUGCGGGCAGGCCGGCGGCGGCGCGGGCGGUGCCGCCGCCAUCGCGGCCGCCGCCGCCGCGGCGGCUGCGGAUGCCAACAUCAGUACCGCAGGCUACUUCAGCAGCGCAACCAACGCCGUCCUCACUCAAACCAUGAGCCUUCAGCUCACUCGGCCGGACAGCCCCGCCGCCGCCGCCGCCACUGCCGCCGCCAGCGGCAGCGAGCCCGCAUCGCUCACAUCUGAGCUCGCGCGCGGCGCCGCCGACGUGGCGGCGGCAGCUGGGGCCGCCGCCGCCAAUACCCCGGCGCCAGUGUCUGCCGAGGCUGUUCUGCCAAGCCCUCGCGCCAGCGGCGACAGCAGGCCGGCCUCCGGCGCUGGCGCCCUUGCAGCGGCAGGCGGCGGCGGCGGCGCCGCCGCCGGUGCCACCACCAGCGGCGCGGUGUCUGGGCCUAUGAGCGCUUCCAUUACGUUUCAGGGCCUCCUUGACGGAGAUGGGGUGCCGGUGACGGCGGACAACAUGACGGCUGGCGUCGGGGCCAGCAGCUUCCGGAUCUCGGGUCGCCAGAGCGGGGCGGAUGCCGUUGGCAGCGGCGGCAUGCGGCGCUCACCGGCCCUGACCCUGGCUGCUGGCCCGACCUCCCUCUCGGGCAGCGGCGCUGCCAACCACGGCGUCAAGGGCGGCGGCGGCGGCGGCGGCGGCGGCGGCGGCAGCGGCGGCGGCACCACCGCCACCGCCACCGGCACCACUCCUUCCAGCGGGGCGACGCCCGCGGGUCUAUCGCGUCGCUCGCCAGCGGGGGCUGCGGCUGCGGCUGCGGCUGCGACCAGUUGCCGCAGCGGAAACGGCAACCGUGGCGGUACCGGCCACGGCGCUGAAGUCAGUGAAGCGGAGCAGCAGCUGGCGGCGGCGCUAGACUCGCGCGACACGCCGCAGUGGCAGUUGGCGGCGGCGGCGCGCGGCAGCAACGACGUCGUCCUUGCGGCGUCGCCGGGAGCACAUGGCGGCAGCGGCGGCGGCGGCCAAGGCGGCAGAAGCGUGGAUGGGAGUAGUGAUUGUACUGCCUCUGCUGCUACGAGCGCGGCUGUGAAUUCCACGGCGGCGGCGGCGGCGGCUGGGGGCAAUGCCAGUUGCGCGGGUGGCGAGCAGUGGCACGAGGUGUCGAUCCGGCAGUUCGUGCAUCCCGUGCUUAAGGAGACUGUGCUGCUGCUGGUGCAGAACGACGUGACGGCCCGCAUCUGGGCGGAGCGGCAGCUUGCCCGAGUGGUGGAGGCCGAGCACACACUCCUGGAGAACAUCUUCCCACACCACGUGAUUGAGCACAUCGCCACCGCCACCGCGCGCGCGGCGGCCGGCUGCGGACCCCUGCCCGCCGCCCGCGACAGCCACGGCGGCUACGGCGCCAGCGAGAGGGGCAGCAGCGCUCAUCACAGGCCACAUGCACACACCUCCAACCCCCACCUCGACUCCGCCGCCGCCGCCGCGGCGCCCCGGGCGUCGCGUGCUGGCGCCGCCGCGGGCGACACGGCGGAGUCCUCGGCGAGGGCGCAGCAGGCGCGGGCGGAGGCGGGCGCGGGCGCGGGCGCGGGUGCUGCGAUGUCGCCAGAGGACCGCGAGCGUUCCCAGCUGCACCAGUACCUACACACGCAGCACAGCGUUGAUCGCUACAGGGCCGGCGGCGGCGCCGGAGGCGGCAGCGCCGGCGGCACGGGCAAUGGACAUGUUGGGCAUGGCGGUGGCGGUGGUGGCGGGCUGGGCCGGUCGGCUCUCCCCGCCAUCCGUGGAGACACGUUCCUGCACCUGGCCACCAGCCACUCCAUGAUCACCGUAAUGUUCUGUGACAUCCAGGGCUUCACGCCCAUGUGCAAGGAGGUCCGGCCCGUGGUGGUGAUGGCGUUCCUGAACGACCUGUUCACGCGGCUGGACGCGUUGCUUGAUGAGUUCGGGGUGUACAAGGUGGAGACCAUCGGCGACUGCUACGUGGCUGCGGGGGGGCUGAUGAAGACGGACGAGGACACGGGCGCGGUCACGGUGCGCAGUGAUGACGUGGACCCGCUGCACGCCUACCGUACCGUGCAGUUCGCAAAGGCGCUGCUGCGUGCCGCGUCCGCCGUGCGGCUGCCCACGACCGGCCAGCCGGUGCGCAUGCGGGUGGGCAUCCACAGCGGCAGUGCCAUGAGCGGCGUGGUGGGCACACGGAUGCCGCGUUUCUGUUUGUUCGGUGACACCAUGAACACAGCCUCGAGGAUGGAGAGCAGCGGCGAGCCCGGCGCCAUCCACGUCAGCGCCGCCACCCGUGAGCUGGUGCCGGGCGAGGACUGGGAGCCCACCGGCGGCGUGGACGUCAAGGGCAAGGGCCGCAUGGAUACCUACCUGCUGCGGCCGUGAUGAUGAUAACACAAGAUGCCUGGAGCGGACACAAGACUACAAAUCAGACCCACCAACAGUUGACGAGUAAAACAAUCGAGCCCGCCACAUGGAGACAGUGAGCAUUCUCGUUGCAGUGGGUGCCCUCUACAGCUGUCUUCUCGUUGCAGUGGGUAUUAUGCUACCGGCCUUCGAUUGUUUGGGGAUUGAUCUACCACAUUGGACAUAAGAACUGCAGCACCAGGCGUUGUGUAUCACACACGUCACCAUCUUUCCCAAUUAUGAAAGUGCACAUGCGCGGCUGACAUUCUCGAGCUUUGAACCAGUUGCGGUUUUAAUGGAGUUUAUUCAUUGUGCAUCGAUUGGGGAGAUGUACGGGUGCUUGAUGGCGCUGCAAGAUAGUAUGGGGCGCAGUAGUAUACCGCAUGAUGAUAAUGGGGUAUGCUGUAAUGGGGUAUCCUUGUGGGGUAUCCUCGGGAUACAUGGAGGGAAUCGUCAGGGUGCAGCAGGUGCUGGGGGCGGGGUGAGGCAGGCGGGGAGGCAUUUAUGAUUCAGUGGUUGAUGGCCGGCACGCAUACAUUUGGGACGCAGACUGUUUGUGCCCACUUUCAUGCCAGAGGGUUAUCGGGUUUUUUUGCUGCUGUUACGGCUGGCUGAGGUACCUGAGGAUUCCACUAACUUGCCCAGGGUUUCCCUAGCCCACUAGCGCCAGGACGGGGCUGUGGCUGAUGUGGCCUCAACCUUCAUCCCCACCGUAUCCGGUGGCGGAUAGAUGCUAUGUGAGCUGGGCUGUGCAGCGUGUAGACGCGCUAAAAUGGCGUUUUUGCUUCGUAAGGCUAGGCUGUCGAACAGAGUUGUUAGCAGCAUGUGAUUGCUCGCGGCAACCCCGACAACGCACGCACUGAAUUGCUUAUCGGGAAUCCAAUGCACGAAUGAAUGCAUGCCUGGGCCUCGGCUUUCGCGCCUCGAAGUCGUGUCCUGGGUCGUGUUGCGGCUGUUUGUGAAGGGCAUGCAACAACGAGUGAGAGGACACUAGUGUUUGAGAGAGCCGAAGCGUCAAGACCACGAGAGACAAUCGAUGGAAGCAACAUGGAAGGCGGUGCUGCUUGACGCGCUCGGGGUGGGCGUGGGCAGCUCUCACAACUUAGAAAGCCGCACGAGAGCGUUGACGCUAACGGGGAAUGCUAGUAUGGUCGUGUGCGCCGCAGCAAUGCUGGCGGCUUUGGGCUGGAAGCAGGCUUUCAUGCAGGUUGCGGGGAGUCGUCACGGAUAGACUGGUCCCGACCUCCAGUACGGAUGGCAUGCAUUCCAUUGCCACGGAUUAUAUGCUGGUGGCUUGCCUUAAUCACCCACCAACCUUUAAUUAGCAUAAUCUAUGUUUUGGUGCUGAAGUUGUGAAGCCUCGUAUUUCGAGCUUUCCUGGAGGGGCAACUAACCUCCCAGGUCGGAUGCGGAACCCGGACGCCAGCAAAUGUUUUAAGGCCCUGGCACGUCAGUCAGAGUGCACGCUUCUCUGUACUGGAGGGCUGCAAUUUCGGCGUUAUUCGGUAUGGGGGUGCGGAGUACCGAAACGGCGGUUGUGAUUCGGGGCCGGCCUUGGAAGUACCACAAGCGCCAACAUUGAACAAAAUUGCGUGGUCCUAGACCAUUCGAGCCUUAGUCGUGCCAUGCUGGCGCAGGCGCAAUAACAAUUCCGGGUUAUUGCUAGGUGUGUUUUGGGGGGGAUUAACUGUGGUAGCAGGCCGCUGAGCCCGAGCCAAAGGCACGGUAUUGCGGUCACUCUGUUGCUCUGAGAGGGGAGCAACCAAGCGCACGGUUAAAUAUUGUGCGCAUGCGUCCGCAUGGAGUCGUAACACUGCAAGCCACGGUCAAUGUGCUGACGACGUGUGUUAUGACGCAUACGGAGUGCGCGAGGCCCGGUAGCGCGUCAGUCCUUGCCACCGGUAUGCUAUAUCCAGUGUGCGUGUGUAUGACAUUGCCAUUACGCAUUGCAGGACGACGGCAGGGCAGUAAUGAGGGGGUGGGUGAGAUUGGAUUCAAUGGACAGCGCCUGCCAAGGGUUGGGGCAGUGCUUGGGAACCUCUUUGGUGCAUGCUGCAGGUGGCCGAUGGCUUGUCAUUGUGAUUGUACGCCUGUGAUCAGUAGGAACUGCUUAAAUGGAAUUCAUUAUGAGUUAUGUACCCGAUGCACCUUGCUACUUGCCGCGCACAUUUACAUCUCUGCGGAUUGCAAUGAAGAUUGUUGAUUGCUGAGGCGCAAUGGGGAUGCUGCAUAGGGAGCGCCAGUUGGAACGU